CUCGCCUUAGUAUGAGUCAACUGCGGGAGUAAAGAGCCAUACACCAACUCCUUGGUGACUGCUGGCUCUUCGAAGUGCGCCUCGUUCUUCUUGUUGUGUUUGUUUUUCUCAUUUUUGUUUCCGGAGGCAUUUGAAUUUAAGUAACAGCCACACAUACCUACCUAGGUAGGUAUAGGCCUGCGUACGGUGGCAUGCUGCCGGCAAGAUACCACUGGCAGCUACCUACCGUCCAAGCUCAUCGCCUAGUCCGGCACUGGGCUUAUUUCUGCUACUGGCAAGUCCGACAAAUCGAAACUGGAUGAGUCCGCCUGCGAUAGAUCAUCGUGAUCGGCUCUGAUGCCGGUGGAACUGCUUACCCUAUACUAUUUGACUGCAUUUGAGGUUUUGCAGGGACUUCCACCUCCCUCAGGCUCUGGGAUGGACAAGAUCACAAGUCGAGACCUGCAAGGCAACUGAGCCGAACCUCAAGAGAUAAAAAGUUCCACAGAAGAGGUCUAAUAAUUAUUUGGCAGCGGAUUACGGAAGAUCUUCUUUUGGUGUGGCGUCCACUAAACUUAGCCCCUACAGCCAAUGGUCAUGGUUGAAGUAAGAGAACUCCACCCCGCCGCGCCAAACGUGAACUGGACUAAGGCGGCAUCCGAUUAUUUCCAAGAAGUUAACCAGACCCUGGUUCUCCGCCACUGGUCUCCAACGUCUGGAACUUUUUUUCUGGCAAACCCAUUUCCGCCUGCGCCUGAUAUUGUCCGCAGAUAUCGGCGGACACGGUGACCUUUGACUGUGUGAAUCAUGGAGACACAGUCGAACAAGCCGCACAGGCCCUCGAAAGAGAAGAAGAAGCCGCAGAGGGGAGAGAAAAAUGUCAAAGCCUUUGCAGUCGCCAAUCCUGGCCGACUCGCCAAACAGGCAGUCCGGUCCAGCGAUAUCAAGGAAAAGAGACUGCACGUCCCUCAAGUCGACCGGCUCCCCGAAGAAGCGCCUCCCAUUGUUGUCGCCGUGGUUGGACCUCCAGGCGUCGGGAAGACCACCCUCAUCAAAAGUCUCAUCAAGCGCUAUACCAAACAGACCUUGUCUCACCCGACCGGGCCUCUAACCGUGGUUACCUCGAAGCGGCGCCGGCUCACCUUCUUCGAAUGUCCCUCCGACUCGCUUGCAGCCAUGAUCGAUGUUGCGAAGAUUGCGGAUAUUGUGUUACUCAUGAUUGACGGGAACUAUGGGUUCGAGAUGGAGACGAUGGAAUUCCUCAACGCCCUGAGUGUGUCCGGUAUGCCUGGCAACGUCUUUGGCAUCCUUACACAUUUGGACUUGUUCAAGAAGCAGAGUACACUACGAAUGGCGAAGAAGAGGUUAAAACACAGGUUUUGGUCCGAGCUGUACCAGGGUGCGAAGCUCUUCUACCUUUCCGGCGUCAUUAAUGGUAGAUAUCCAGAUCGAGAGGUACACAACCUGUCACGCUUCCUCUCGGUCAUGAAGAACCCCAGGCCUCUCAUCUGGAGAAACAGCCACCCCUAUUGCCUGGCAGAUCGGUUUCUCGACGUCACACCUCCAACGGAAAUCGAAGAGAAUGAGAAAUGUGAUAGGCAGGUCGCGCUGUAUGGAUAUCUCAGAGGCACAAACUUCCCAGCAGAGCAGGCCAGAGUCCACAUACCCGGGGUUGGAGAUCUCACGGUAAAGGAGAUUGAGGCCCUGCCGGACCCUUGUCCUACGCCGUAUCUGGAUCAAGCCAUUGCGAAAGCUACUGGAAAAUCGAAGAGACGGAAGUUAGAAGAGAAGCAAAAGGUGUUGUUUGCCCCCAUGUCUGAUGUCGGUGGAGUGCUGGUGGACAAGGACGCUGUCUAUAUUGAUGUGAAGACAAACACAUUCGACCGGGAGGCAGCAGACGCUGAGGACCGAGGCUUGGGAGAGCAACUAGUCAUGAAUCUGCAGAGUGAACGCAGGUUGCUUGGUGAAGUUGAUGCGGGUGUAAGGCUGUUCCAGGGCGGUCGUCAGCUCACCGAAGGAGACAGCACGGAGAAUGAUAUGGGCCGAACUUCCAAGAGAGGCAUUCGUUCAUUUAAACAGAACGGAGAUCUUAGCAGACAGUUGGAAGAGGAAGAGGACGAGGGUUUUGUCAGUGGCGAAGCCGAAUCCGAGGAUGAAGAUGUGGAAGAUGACGUUGAAGAUUUCCGCGAACAUACGGGUCGACCUGGCCUUCUUGAGGAGGAAGACGUCGACGCGAAUGCUGAAGAUGGCGAUCUUGCUUUUGCCGAGAGUGAUUCCGAUCUGGGGUCGAUUUCCGGCGAAGAGGACGGCGGUCAAGAUCUCUCUGAGGGGGAUUUUGACGAGGACGACGAUGAUGAGGAGCUGGACGAUGGUGCACUUAGAUGGAAGGAAAACCUUGCUGAAAGUGCGAAGAAAAUGCAUUCCAACAAGGUUGCAUUUCGUGCGGCGGAUCUCGCUAGGUUCAUGUACGACCUAACGCUUUCACCUAGGCAAGUCAUUUCAAAAUGGCGGGGUGAAGAACAGGAUCAACCUCCCGAUGCCGAGACAGGCGAUGACGAAGAGGACGAGGAUACAUUCUUCAAACGGGCGAAGACUGAACAAGAAGCAGAUCUUGAGGACCGCCAAACGCCUAUAUAUGAUUACGAGCGCCUAGCCCAGAAAUGGGAGGACGAGGAGCACAUUCAAACAAUCAUGCCCCGCUUCACCAGGGCUUCCUUCGCAACAGGGGCGAAUGCAGACUCUGAUGACGAAGAUGGUGAAGAAGACGCUGGCGAUGAGAGCGACGAAGGCGAUGGCGAGUUCGAAGACCUCGAAGCCACCGCUGCUCCGGAAACCGCUGAAGGGCAAAGCGAAUUGACGCUUGAAGAGGAACGGGCAAAGAAUGCCAAACGAAAGGAAGAGCUCAGACUACGCUUUGAGGAGGAAGAUCGUGAGGGAUUUGCCAACGCAAAGAGCGAGAUCAAAACAACAGAGCAAGAGUUUGGGGAGGACGAGUGGUACGACGCCCAAAAGGCGAUGCUGCAGAAACAGCUUGACAUCAACCGCGCCGAAUUUGACAGUCUUGACCCGGUGUCGCGAGCCCGAGCGGAAGGAUUCAAAGCAGGGACCUAUGCGAGAAUUGUGUUGGACAAAGUCCCUUACGAGUUCGUCCGGUCAUUCAACCCCAAAAUGCCUGUCGUCAUUGGCGGCCUGGCUCCGACAGAGGAUCGGUUUGGAUUUGUGCAGGUUCGCAUCAAGCGCCACCGAUGGCAUAAGAAAAUCCUCAAAACGAACGAUCCGCUCAUCUUUUCCCUGGGCUGGCGACGGUUCCAAACGUUACCAAUUUAUUCCAUAUCCGACUCUCGAACUCGCAACCGGAUGUUGAAGUACACACCGGAACAUAUGCACUGCUUUGGCACAUUCUACGGUCCGCUUGUCGCGCCAAAUACGGGUUUCUGCUGUGUUCAAUCGUUCUCGAAUGCCAACCCGGGCUUCCGGAUCGCAGCUACGGGAGUGGUGCUUAAUGUCGACGAAACCACGGAAAUCGUCAAGAAGCUCAAGUUGACUGGAUAUCCCUACAAGAUCUUCCGCAAUACCGCGUUCAUUCGAGACAUGUUCAGUUCAGCCAUUGAAGUGGCCAAAUUCGAGGGAGCUGGCAUCCGGACGGUGUCUGGAAUUCGGGGUCAGAUCAAGCGAGCUCUCAGCAAACCGGAAGGACACUUCCGUGCUACAUUCGAGGACAAGAUUCUCAUGUCUGAUAUCGUAUUCCUGCGAGCCUGGUACCCGGUGAAGCCACAUCGAUUCUACAAUCCUGUUACCAACCUGCUAGAUGCACCUCCGAGCGGUGCGGCAGCGGAAGGAGCAGACGGCGAAGGGCAACGUCUUGAUGAUGGCUCUGGUAGCUGGCAGGCGAUGCGUCUUACUGGUGCCGUGCGAGCAGCCAUGGGUAUACCUACACCUCUGGUCAAGGAUUCCGCCUACAGCAAAAUCGAACGACCCACCCGACAUUUCAACCCCCUUCGAGUCCCCAAAGCUCUUGCUGCAGAACUCCCAUUCAAGUCGCAGAUCACCCAGCAGAAAGCCCGUAAGGCCCCAACAUAUCUGCAGAAACGAGCCGUGGUGCUCGGCGGGGAGGAGAAGAAGGCCCGGGAUUUGAUGCAGAAAUUGCAGACAAUGCGGAACGAAAAGGCCGAGAAGCGGGCUAAGAAGCAGGAGGAAAGGCGCGCAGCUUACCGUAAGAAGGUGGCUGAGAGUCUUGAGAAGAAGCAAGAACGGGAGAAGAGAGAACGAGACGAGUACUGGAGACGCGAAGGACGGAAACGUAAGACUGCCGACGAGGGCGGCGGUGGUGGCGGCGGGAAACGCUCGAAGAGAUGAGACAAAAAUACUAUCAUCGCUGGAAGCCAUCACAGAUUUGAGUGAAGCCGGACUUCUUGUGUGGCAUAGACCAUGAUGUCAGAUACCCAGAAUCAAAUCAUGAACACAGCCUUGAACUCUUUGAACGAUGUACCUUUAGGAGCAAUCAAUCGGUAUGAGCGCAGGACUUGGGAGUGGAAAACUAAACUGCGCCUAGCACCUACAGUAGG